AUGCAUCACCAAACUAAGUUAGAUGUAUUUAUAAUUAGAGCUUAUAAUCUACUGUCUAACGAGUCUGUCAUCAGUGGUGCUUCUUUACAGAGUGUUACAAACUCGCCACAGACGACGACGAACACGCCCUCAGGUAUGGUUAAUGGCGUGGUAGGAACAGGGAUUGCUAAUCCAACAGGGUUGAUGGGAUCUGAUAGCACACCUAAUAUCGAUGAGAUUAUAACAAGCAAUGGUACUAACUCUCUGGCGAAAACCAGUUCGGAUAGUGCUAACGCGACGCCGAAUGGUAAUUCAAGCUCCACCUCAGCCAUAAGUAAUACCAGCAACCCUACCACCACCGGUAACAAUGCGAGCUCUAGCAUAACGUCAAAUGGAAUAUAUACGCAAGCUCAAUAUUCUCAACUUUUCGCCAAAAUAUCAAAGCUGUAUAACGCUACGCUAUCGUCUGGGUCAAUCGAUGAUAGAUCGACCUCACCAAAAUCCGCAAUCGAACUAUAUCAAAGAUUUCAACAAAUCAUUAAGGAACUGGAGCUCAGUUUUGACGCAAGUCCUUACGCAAAGUAUUUCCGCCGUUUGGAUGGAAGACUUUGGGAAAUAAAGGCAAACUCAGAAUUGGAAAACGAUGAAUUAUGGCGAUUAGUCUCAAUGAGCAUAUUUACUGUAUUCGAUCCUCAGACCGGCCAAAUUCUAACUCAGGGACGUAGGAAGGGAAACUCCUUAAACACAUCAACUAAAGGCUCUCCAUCAGACUUACAGGGAAUAAACAAUGGGAAUAACAGUGGGAGUAAUGGUAACAUCGGAAAUGGGAAUAAUAUUAAAAACUAUGGAAAUAAAAAUAUGGCCAACAAUCGAACAAAAAAAAGAGGAACCAGAGUGGCUAAAAAUGCUAAAAAUGGGAAAAAUAAUAAAAAUAGUAAUAAGGAGAGGAACAGCAUUGCAGAUACGAACGCAUUCAGUAACACAACAAUAAGUAACCCAGGUACCAAUAUGCUUUUUGAUCCAUCAUUGUCUCAGCAACUACAAAAGCGGCUGCAAACGCUCUCCCAAGAUGUCAAUUCUCGUUCGUUAACAGGAUAUUAUACACAGCCAACCAGUCCUGGUUCAGGCGGAUUUGAAUUUGGCCUGAGCCAUGCGGAUCUAAACCCCAAUGCUUCCAGUAAUACCAUGGGCUAUAAUACAAUGUCAAAUAAUGGAUCCCAUUCGUGGAAACGAAGAUCAUUAGGAUCCUUAGACGUUAAUACCCUGGAUGAUGAAGCGGUGGAAGAACUCCUGCAACUGACAAAUACGAACAAGAGGCAGAGACCGAUGGCAACUACAGCAGAGGGUGCGUUAAUUAAUGAUGGUCCGGACACUAAUUUAAACGCGACCAACACCCAGAUGAAAGUUGAUCUAAAUCCUCCGAACAGCAUGGGUCCUAUGGAUACAGAAGCCGUGAUACGCCCAUUAAAAGAAGCUUAUGACGCUAUCAUAUCCGAAAAAGGCCAAAGAAUUGUGCAAUUGGAAAGGGAAUUAGAAUUACAACGUCAAGAGACGCAGUGGUUAAGGAAAAUGUUAAUUGAGGACAUGGGAUGUGUUAGAAGCAUGUUAAGAGAUUUACAAAGAUGA